AUGAAGGCACUUUUGGAAAAUGAGUUCAUUCAAAUUCUGAAGAAUCCAGAUGAUCCAGACACUGUAGACAUCAUCAUGCAGAGCCUUGAUCGAGACUGUAACAAAAAGGUGGAUUUCACUGAAUAUCUUCUGAUGAUAUUCAAGCUGGCACAGGCUUGUAAUAAAAUGAUCAGCAAAGAUUACUGCCAAACUUCAGGGUCAAAGCAGAGAGACCACAGUCACUGGCACCAUGAGGAACAGAGUGAAACAGAAGAUGAGGACAAAAGAAAAGGAAGGUCUUCCAGUCCUUCAAGCUGUAAUACAGGAGAGAAUGAUUCCUAUUCCAGGGGCCCCAGAGGGAUCACUAAACACAGACUUGGAUCCAACUCUGGGAGAAAGCAGCUGCAAAGAGGCCGUUCCAGUUCUGACACAGGCAAAGCUCUGAGGAAAGAAGAGACUCAAGCUCAGGACAAUUCCAGGAUAGAAAGAUAA